AAAACUCACCAAUCGCCAAGCACGGGGCAUCCUAGCAUACUUCCUUAUCAUGGAAGUCUACUACUACUACUUCAUGUGCUCUUUUACUCAACACCUAUGGCCCUACAAGAUAUACUUGGGCACCGCAAUCAACUUGAUGUCAAUCCCAGCAAUCAUGAUGGCUUGUUAUGCUAGCAACUCUAAUAUAAUCCAAGUAUCGCGAGUGGAAGCUGACGGCAGCAUUAAAGUAGUUUAA